CUUAUUUUAAAAUAUAUGUAGUUAUAAUCUUUUCUGGACAGGGUCUUGAGAUAUUCCUGUCGCAACCCCAUACACACUUUAAUCCGUACAAUAUCCACCUAAACCAGUGACGAGAAAACUUUAAACUCCCAGCUCUCCCCGAACCAAAAAAUGGCAGACAGGACCUCAUUCCGUGGCGCAUGCAUGUGUGGAGGCAUCACCUUCAGCAUCGAGGGCCGACCAGAAGUCAUUGGUGCAUGCUACUGCCGCCACUGCCAGAUGAAUGGCGGCUCCAUGCAUCAAGUUAUGGGAAAGUUCACCAAGGAGUCCAUGAAAAUCAACGACCCCAAAUCACUCCUCAAAAUGUACAUCAUCCCGGGCGCCGAGACUGAGAGCGGCAAGGACAAGGAAAAGUACUUUUGCUCCAACUGCGGCUGCAUGCCAUGGACCGUGCCGCAAGGCAAGGAGGGAAAAUAUCGGUUCGUGAGGACGAGCUAUAUCGAGAAUGGGCUUGAGCUGAAGACAGACGAAGAAUGGUUCAAAUGAGGGGCGGUUUGGGGUUGAAAAGGUUUGGGAUUUGACGUAAUGCGAUGGACCUGGGGAGAAUAUUUCGGGGAGGAAAAUUAUCCCCACUUAUACAGUAAUUCGGUUUGGGGGUCGUUUUUGCGGGGAAAUCUUGAGGGGAAGGACGGGAUGCGAUGAAGCAUGAGUCGAGCAAAUCUCGCUAGCGGAACAGAACCCGAAAGUUCAUAGGGGACUUGGCUCGGCCCGCCGGAGUCUGCUCCCCUGGCGGGGCUUGUUACUUCGAUGCCCUCCAUAGCCCAUAGCAAUAGGAUUCUCUCUCACACGAGUCAACAAGAGCCUCAGAUUGACUAAUUGUAACCUCUCAAAUUCAC